CUCGCUCGUAUUGUUGUGGUGUGUCCCAGCAUCAUGCAGGUGCUGGGGUCCUUCCCUUCUCCCAGUGGACCAGCGUCCACCUGCAGCCUGCUGAAUGAAGACACCCUGAUUCGCUACGCCAGGCUAAGUGCCACAGGAGUCUGCAAUUUCCGCUACUUCGUCCUGGACAACUCCGUUAUCCUCGCAAUGCUGGAGCAACCGCUCGGCAACGAGCAGAACCCCAGUCCAUCGGUGACCGUUUUGAUUCGAGGGACAGCUGGACG